AUGCCUAAAGUAUCGAGCGUAGAUAGAUUCAUAGAAUUGUCAACAGAUUUACUAGCAAAUUAUCCAACCACAACAACUUUAUCAACAACAUAUACCAAUAUAUCUAAGAAAUCUAAAAAAUCAACUCCAGCCUCAGCAUCAACAGCCACAACAAAACCAAAAUCAAACAAAAUUUCAACUCAUGCUGUAAGUUUUAAGCUUUAUGAACCUAAUUCUGGGAAAUGCAUUAAAUACACCACUACUAAAUCUAAAGAAUUAUCACGAUUAUUAAAUUUUAUUGGUCCAAAAGGUUUGAGUAAUGACAAUUUACAUGUUGUGGGAUUAGCUAGUUUAAUGACCAAUGUGAAAUAUGAAAAACCAGUUGAACCAAGUUUAGAAAAUACCCCUGUUCCGGAAUCAGAGAAUUUGGUGACAAAGGAAAUUGAACAAAAUAAACCUAAUGCUAAAGAGGAAAAGACAACUACUAGUACUUCCAGUAAAAAGAAGAACAAAAAGAAGAAAAAGAAGAAUUGA